AAUGGCGUCGAGCAGGGCAAUCUUGGCCCUGUGCCUCCUUGCCACCGUGCUCUGCCCAGCCCUGUCGAGGCCGCGGCCGCUUCCGAACUUGCCGGUCAACGGCCCUCGCAACCUCGCCAACGGCCUCUCCUAUGACUUCCACGCGGACUCGUGCCCGGACCUAGUGGACAUCGUGUGGCCGAUCGUGGAGAGCGCGGUCCUGGGCGAGAUCGCCAUCGCCGCCGGCCUCCUCCGCAUCUUCUUCCACGACUGCUUCCCCCAGGGCUGCGACGCGUCCGUCCUCCUGACGGGGGCCAACAGCGAGCUGGAUCUGCCGCCGAACCUGACGCUGCAGACACGGGCGCUGCAGCUCAUCGAGGACGUCCGCGUCAAGGUGCACGCCGCCUGCGGCGCCACCGUCUCCUGCGCCGACAUCCUCACCCUCGCCACCCGCGACGCCGUCUUCGUGGCCGGGCAGAGCGAGGUGUUCUACUUCUACGAGAUGCCGCUGGGCCGGUUCGACAGCCUUGCGCCGGCCAACAGCGCCGACGUCUUCGCCCUCCCACGGUCCGACGCAAACGCCAGCGUGCUCCUCGACUCCUUCAAGACCCGCAACCUGGAGCCCAUCGACCUGGUCGCGCUCUCCGGAGCGCACACCGUCGGGAAGGCGAGCUGCGGCAACUUCAACAACCGCUUCUCCGAGGACUCCGACUUCGCCCGGAAGCUCGCCGCCAACUGCUCCAGCGACGUCAACCGGCUGCAGGACCUCGACGUCACCACCCCCAUCGUCUUCGACAACAAGUACUUCAGCAACCUGCUGGAGGGGAAGGGGGUGUUCACCUCCGACCAGGUGCUCGCCAGCGACGGCCGCACCCAGUGGGCGGUCCAGGGCCUCGCCCAGAACAAGUGGUGGUUCUACUCCCAGUUCCGUGACUCCCUCAUCAAGCUCAGCCAGUUCCAGCCCAAUGGAAACGUCGGCGAGAUCCGCAGCAAGAGCUGCUUCACCACCAACGGACAGAGCUCACUUCUAGAGGAGGGGUUCGCGGCAUCUGCUUGAGUUCUUCAGUGCGACGGUUUUGUUUAAAUUCCAUGUAAUAAGUGUUAGCUACUCUACAGUGUAUCAUCUUAUCUUCUGCGACCCAUCAUCCUCUGAUCAAGAUGGCUCGCCACACGUUUGAAAUAAGGAAUUCGCAUGACAUUGCCAUCUUAC